CCUUCCUUCCCUCACAUCACAUGCCCUCUUACAAACAAAUACAAAUAAAAAUCCCUUCCACAUCCAGAUCUACUUUCCAGACUUUCAUUUCACAUGAUCCUCAUCAAUAUUUUUAGCUAAAUUCCUCCUUAUCAUUAUUAUCAUUUUUUAAAAAAAUUAUAUAUAUAUAUAUAUAUAAUAUAUAUUUAACUUCAUUCAUGUAAGUUCAAAAUAAUGAACCGGAAGGAUUCAUUCGCCGGUGCCGGAGCUCGGAAUCAUCUCGGAAUGACUACCGGAAUACUUCCUCACCGCCGUGGAAUGCCGUUUAGUAAAACUAACAAUAAUACUGUUGAGAAUUAUAAUCAUAAUAGUAAUUCGGAUCUGUUUAAUCGUAAUCGGAAUAGUUUUCCUGCUGCUUCUUCCGAUGAAUCUGACUUGCAAGUGAGAUUAGCUAGACUUUCGGUUGGAUCAGCGAAACCUGCAAAAAGCAUAUUAGAUGACAUGUUGGCGUCUAAUGAAGGGGGAAAGAAUGACUACGAUUGGCUUCUCACUCCCCCGGGAACUCCGCUCGUUCCGUCUACAGAUGGGAAAGAAUCUCGACCAACACCUGUCACUGCAAGAAGCAGGUCUUCGGUUAGAGCUAGCUCUAUAAACAAGACUUCAAGGUUAUCUGUAUCUCAAUCCGAGAGCAACUAUUCUUCAAGACCAGCAAGAAGCAGUUCCGUGACUCGUCCUUCCAUCUCCACCAACCAAUAUGCAACCUACUCUAGCAGAAACACCAACAUUCUAAAUACGAGCUCUGCUUCGGUUUCUUCUUACAUAAGGCCGUCCACCCCAACUCGCUCCUCUACUACAGCAAGACCAUCUACUCCUUCAACACGGACAACACCAUCACGAGGCUCGACUCCUUCUAGAACCCGCCCAUCUCCUACCACUACAUCUAAUGAUAGAACAACAAAAACAUCUCAAACUACAAGACCUUCAACCCCUGGUUCUCGACCACAAACACCUGGAAGUUUGAAUACACCCACCAUCCGCCCAUCUUCCCGACCAUCUACUCCCACUCGUAGGAGCGUAACACCUUCUCUCUCUCCAUCCACAACAUCUGCGACUUCUGCUGGACGUGGGUUAUCUUCAAAUGCACGAAGCACGGGGUCUACUUCCAGACCAAGCUCGCCUAGCCCACGUUUACGCCCACCACCUCAGCCUAUCAAUCACGCUGAUUUCUCCCAUGAAACACCACCAAAUCUCAGAACGACUUUACCUGACAGGCCUCUCUCGGCUGGUAGAUCUAGACCAGGUGGUUCCACCACUGUGAAGGGGAAUAUAGAGCCUUCAAACACUGGUAGUAUCACGAGAAGACAUUCUUCCCCGAUUGUUAAUAGGGGACGGAUUGCAGAAACCCCCGGAAGGGGGCGACCCCAUGCUAAUGGGCAUGUGGUAGAGACUUUAGAGCCUAGACGAAGUUCACAUUUACCCGACUCACUGGCAAGAAAAACUAUAAAGUCAUCAAAUUCAGACAAUGGUGCAGGGUUUGGGAGAAAUAUCUCGAAAAAAUCGCUGGAUAUGGCAAUCAAACAUAUGGAUAUAAGAAAUGGAGGUGCACGUCCUCUUUCAGGUUCAACACUCUUCCCUCAAAGCAUCAGGUCCAGUAACUCCAGGACUCAACCUGGACGCGCGUCGAGUGUACCAGGGUCCGUAGAUGGUUCGAUCAGCAACGGUGUCGGCUCUGAAAAUGGAAACUACAUUAAUGGAUACUCAUGGAAUAGAGGUCUGCCCACAGAAGAUCAUAGUCCACAUUCUUCUAAACUAUCAUCAGAAGUCGAUAUCUAUGAGAGUUCUAGGUACGAUGCAAUUUUAUUAAAAGAGGACUUGAAGAACACAAGCUGGCUGCACGGUGCCGAUGACAAGAUUGAUGAAGGUUCAUUCUUUGAUAAUGGGUUUGAAUCUCUCCCUGAGCCUUUCGGACCCUUGUGACAUCUUUAAAGAUGGUUUGUCUCCUUUCUCGUUUAGUAAGUUUCUGCUUCAUAUUCAUUUAAUUACCCGUUAAAAAGGCCAUUUAGCAAAAAGAUAGAAAAAGAAGAGAACAUCAUAACAAAAAUAUCAAAAAGAGGGCAUUUGUGUAAUUUUCCCCUAUUUAUAGCGAUGUCAAAGUUUUAUAGUUUGUUAUUAAUCAUAAUAUGUCAUGAACUUGUAAUGAAUAGUGUGAAGUUAAAGUUUAACUACUUUGUAGAGGUGA